AUGUCUGCCUUCUUGAAGGUGGGACAUCCGCAUCCAUCCAGAAAUGUCUACGACCGGAAAGUGAUACUCAUGGAUGAGGUUCAUCACCUGGUUCGCACCGACUCGCAGUACUCGGAGCAGCUGGCAAUCCUUCGAGAUCGGUUAUCAGCCGCCGACGGAUCUGUUUUGGUCGGGUUUACCGGCACUCCCCUUCUCAUUGGUCCCGCUGACGGCCGAAGGCUCUUAGAUAUUAUCAAAGGUGGGCCCGCUCCGCACGCCUGUGACGAAGGAUUCCUGAGCUCCUUGAGCUGCAAGCCGACGUCGCUCUUUCCGCUCUGUGUACCAGCAGGUGUUGACAGGGCCGACCUGGUAAGUGCAACGAAGCUUUGCUGCAGGGUUAUCCUUCGAGGCGAGGCAUUGCAAUCCUACGUUUUACGCAGCAACAUGGAGCCCAGCCGACGCAGACUGCAGGCAUAUUGCAACUUACACGUCUUCUCCGGAUCCUAUCACGGCGGACGGCACGGGUGCCAGGAGUUUGUCCUGAAGCAUCCGCAACAUUGUGCCCCCAAAUUCUGGAAAAUGGCACGAAGUAUUGGCAACACACGACAGAAGGCGCUCGUCUUGAUCUCCAGAGGCACGGGCUAUCGAGCAGCUGUCGACAUAUUGCGCCAAGAAGCCUCUCGUGCAGAACCACCGUUCCAGGUGGCCUGCAUUGAUAACUUGGCAGAGUUCAACUCUCCAGAAAACCUCAGAGGCGAACUGUUCCUUUGUAUGGUUGCAGAUUCCAACCAAUGCGGCGAAGGCGUCUCGUUUCGCUCAGUCCGGCAGCUGUUUUUGCUUGACGUGCCCUCGACACCAACCACCCUGGUCCAGAUUUGUGGCCGGGCCAGUCGAAUGUUGGGACACCAAGCACUGCCCGAGCAAGAUCGGGUUGUGCGAGUGCAGAUCUUCAUCGCGACGGUGCCAGACUGGGCAAGGCAGCCCCUGGGACGUUGGUGUUUGAUCGCUGCGGCUCGAAAGGGCCAGUCGGGGCGGAAAUUUGAAAAGCGGGCCCAAGGGUUGUUCGCACAACUUCUGGACAAAUUCGGGGACCUCAGAAAGCUCAAAGGGAAGCUGAUGGGUAUUUGCAAGAAGAAGGCUUCCAUGCUGCAGAACUCUUUCAACAACCUCGAGGAGCCACAUCCACGGGUGCUUAUCCACGAGGGCUUGCCACGGCUCCGGCAGGUUGAGAAGGAAGACGUGGAAGACAUCAUGCGGAAGAUUGGGUGCUCCAAGGAACAUCGCCUCGGCUCAGGAAGUGAGCUGUGUAAGGCAUUGAACUGGCUGUACCAGUCAGAGACGCUCUUACAUGAUGAAUUCCGCACAGCUGAUGAGCUGGCUAUGGAAGAGCUGCAAGAGGCAUCAACUUCGUAUGCAGGUGCUCAGACAGAGUUCCGUGGGAAGGCGAUGGACCGCGAGGUCUUGGCUGACCAGUUCAACGGGCAACAGGCCGCAAAGCGACAAGCUUCCUUUGUGUCGAAGGAUGCCGGCGACCUGACAUCCACCUCUCCGAAGCGAUUCCGCCUGACAUUCAAACAGCCAGGAGAGGCCACAGCAGUGAGUCUCAGGAACACCUUGAAGCAUGAGUCUGCUAUGAUGCGGCUCUGCUUGAAUGGUUCACAGCAGGAGAGCAGCUUCGGAGCGGAGAUCAGAUUCGUGGGAGGUUGUUUCUGGAUUGAUCCAAAAGCUGGCCACUUUGGAGGUCUCGCGGACUUCACAUGGCAACAGCAACCGGAAACUGCACAGGCGAGGCAGACCUCUGUGAAGAAGUCCAAGAAGCUUGAAGAGGCUCUGCGCAAGGUGGCUGAGCGCAAACAGCGUGGCUUGGCAGCACAGCACGGGGAGCAUGCGCAGCACUCGCAGAGUUUGCGGAAGGCGCCGAGCCUGCUGCAGCUGUCUGCCCAGAACGGCGAGGACCCGCCGAGGAAUGAGGGCGACUGGAGCCAGGAUCAGGUGCUGAUGCUGUUCCGUCGGUCUGAUGGGCUCGGCAUCGGUGUUGUCGGCAUUGGUGUUGUCGGUAUUGGUGUUGCGGUAGUCUGGGUGCACGUUUCCUUCUUGUAUGGCGUUGAUGCGCUUUCUGUGGAGUCUGACGACAUUUCACCUAGUGAGAUGUCCAGUUUGGCCGAUCUCUUCUGGAAGCCGCUGACAGGUAUUGGAUUGGAAGUGCUGCAUCAGAGUUUGGGACAUGGCGGGGAAAAGCGUGGGCAGAUCCAUUUGGUUUCCGGGGAGCACUUUGCAUCAGUGAUGUCCAACAUAGACUUCUCUAAGAGCUUCACCGUGUCCAUGGCAAUUCACUGCAACGCAGUGGAAGCUGGGAGACAAGUUCCCGCUGACAAAUUUCUGCAAAUUGUUGAUCGGCUGUUCCUUGUCGUGUGCUGUUCUUGGCACAUCCUGACGGUGGAUGAGGCCCUUUGCUUCGGCCGAAGAUCACUGUUCGGCCGCAUCGGAUUCUUCCUUCAAAAUCGUGCACCGCACAGACUCCCUCCUCCAGUACCUGAUCAGUGA